AUGCAAAUCUUCAACAUUCAAUGGAAACAGCAUGGAAAGUCUUUUACGAAAGAAUUAAAGCUUCCAGCUUCGUUUUCAACUCUUUUGGCACAAAUCGAAACUCCUUUGCAAUUCGCUUCGAUUGUUAUUUGUCCACAAUGUGAGCAACAUGUUGCUGAAAUCCAGAAUGCCAUUAAAACCAAUGAAAAUGUGCCGAAAUGGGCUGUGGAACUUGGGGUAAGUUUUGUAGUUAAAAGUAAUUUUUUAUUUUUAACUUUUUCUGCCUAAAAGUAAAAAAAAUGUUUUUACAGCUUUCCCACUGAAAAAAAUGUCUUCUAAGCGCUGCAAGGAUCAAUGACAAUAUAUUUCCAGGUCCCAGCAGCCGUUUGCCCCUUAUUCUACGCCGUCGACCCUGACCUAGUCCCAAUCUGUAUGGUUGGUGGCUUUGGACUGAACAUGUUUUUGGCCAAUUCUGACUCUGCUUCUGUAUGCGCACUCUUGCCAUUUUGUUCAUCUAUAUCAGGGAGGCCUCACAACGCGGUAUCCGACUCUGAUUCGUCUUUUGCCAGCGCAUUUUCGGGAGUAAGUUAUUCUAAAGUUUUUCAUAAAGUAUCGCUCGUUAUCAAUAUUUAACUCUAUUUUUACUUUUUACGAAAACUAUAAGAGAUUAGCAUCUUCUAUAGCUCUUUAUGAAUACUAUAAUAUAAAAAAGUAAUUUAAAUUUGUAUUAUAUAUAAAGAAACUAAAAACAAUUUUUUAGAAAUCUUCUGAAACUGGCACUGGAGCCGAUACCACCACUCUCGUAAUAACUACCAGCACGACAGAAGCACCCGAGAGUAUCGUUAACAAACUUCAAAAUCUUAUUUAAUAAUAUGCUUACUAUUCAUGCGACAUUUCUUAAUAAAUUAUUUAUUAUCUAUUAUAUAUAUCAUUUUUAUUGGACAUUAGAGCUCGUAUUUUACAAAAUAUAUUUUAUCAUAUAAAUGGAAUAAAAGAAAAGCUAUAUUUAGAUAUAAUACUUUACAAAAAGCUUUGAAUUUUAUAUAAAAAAUACUAAAGAGCUGGUUCUUACUAGUUUAAGUACAGAUAAUUUUAGUACUAAUGUCAGUAAAGUUAAUAUUAAUACUGUUUUUAGUACUAGAAACCCAAGUUAAAACUUAAAUUUGAAAAAAAGUCGGAUCUGAUGCCGAAGCUAAAGCUAGGAAUUUAAAAAAUGUACUGGUUAGCGCUAAAGACGUGUGAACUGUGGUUAAUACUAAAGACGUCAAAUUUAGAAGAAUAAGUAUAACAGUUAAAAUUAGAAAAAAAUAGCCAAAAGUUGAAUAAACUAAAACACUUGGAAAACUAAGUUUUAUAUUGUAAAAAAAGUUUUGUAGAAACUCGUAAUGUUAGUAUUACUGUAUAACGAACUACUCUAUGAAAAAUUCUGUAUAACAAGCAAAUUCUCAUUCUUUAGCUAUCACUACACAGUGCAUUUAAAACUCCUUCAAAACAAAACUCUUUCAUAAAGAAAAAUCUUGAAAUUCUUUAGGUAUUCUUUAUAAAGGAGUUUAAACGUGCAAUAUUUAAACCAUUAAAUUUUAAAAAGUAUACAAAAAAGUUAAUCUUAUGGGUCCAUAAUCUAUCGUUGGCCCAUUUUGCAAAAAGGCUUAACCUAAAUAAUUGCUUAUUCAAAAAUAUUUUUAACACUUGCUAGCUACACCUUACUAGAGCACGUAGUUUUAUUAUUGUCAUGAUAAAAAAACUUUGUUUUGUUUUUGUGUUGUUACUUCUAUAAAAGGUAAUAUCUUCAAAACCUACAGUAAAACUCCUGUAUAACAUAAUGUUCGGAAAAUUUUGCACUGUGUACUAUUUAUUAUACAAGAGAUUUAAAAUAUAUGGUUUUACUGUACUGUAAAACUUACUUUAAAGGCCAAGUAACAUUGUAAAAAUUAACUAAUUUAAUUUUACGUUUUAGCCGACAUCUUCAAAGAUGUCCUCAACUAUUUCAAACCGGCAUUACUCGACUCAAAAGUAAUGGAAGAAAUUGGUGUAGCAUUGAUGGAAAAUGAAUGGGAACCACACAAAAAUGCUUUCGAAAAUGUUUUGCCAAUGACAGAAGCACUAAUGCGACCAAUAUUCUUGUUAACCAUACCAUUCGAAAGCCCUGUAGAAGAUGUCAUUCCUGAAUGUAAUAAAUAUGUUGUCACUAUUCAAAAAUUUUUGAGCCGAUACCCUGGAGUUCAGCUUCUGGUAAGUGAAUAG